GCCUGCUUUUUCGCACUCCUACUGAGGGCAAGGAGGGGGCAAGGAGCGGGCAGGGAGGUUCAUGGCGGGGGGAGGGGAGUGAUGGGUGUUGCCUGAGCUCAGCCGCGCCUUGGACCACUAGGGACUAGGCCGGUUUUGCAGGGCAUUUCCGAUCUGCGCAGAGCUCCCGCCUGCAAACAAGAUGAAGCAAGAGAAUAUUUUCCUCUUCGUUCCCAACCUCAUUGGUUAUGCUCGUAUAAUCUUUGCUUGUGUUGCUUUUUAUUAUAUACCAACCUCCCCCUCUUUGGCAUCAUUCUUCUACCUACUUAGUGGCUUCCUCGAUGCCUUUGAUGGCCAUGCUGCCCGGGCUCUUAACCAAGGCACCCGCUUUGGGGCCAUGCUGGACAUGCUGACUGACCGCUGUACUACCAUGUGUCUGCUGGUGAACCUGGCUAUGCUUUAUCCAGAGUCUGCCCUCUGGUUUCAGCUGAGCAUGAGCCUUGAUGUGGCCUCCCAUUGGCUACAUCUCCACAGCACUGUAGUGAAAGGUGGAGAAAGCCAUAAGAGUAUUGACUUAACAGGAAACCGGAUCUUGAGAGUGUAUUACAACUCACGGCCUGUUCUGUUCAUUAUGUGCGCUGGUAAUGAACUCUUCUACUGCAUGUUGUACUUGUUGUGUUUCGGUGAAGGGCCAGAAAUCCUGUCAGGAUACGCCGGACUCUAUCGCUUGAUUCUAUGGGUUUGUACCCCCAUUGCUCUCACCAAGAGUUUCAUCAGCUUAAUUCACUUGGUCUCGGCCUCGUGCAAUAUGGCUGCCUUAGAUGCUGCUGAACGGGCAAAGAAGAUAUAGGAUUUCAAGGUUGUGGGAAGGGACUCCCCUAAGUCUUCCAGAGUGAUCAGCUCCCAACCUUCAUGAUGAAUAGCCGAGGACUUUGCCUCAGAUCAGUCACUCCAGUUGUGCAGUUGUUUUUCUAUUGAUGUGAUAACUUCACCUUUCCAUGAUGCUUUUGUGAUAUCUGUGUGAGAUGAUAGGGUAACUCCUGCUCCUUCUGGCUUUUUCCUGUUUUACUCCCAUAAUAAGAACAGUUGAGUUAAAAAUUGACUGUUGAGGAGGAUCCUGAUCCACCAUUUUGAGGAGCAGCUGAAGAGCUUGUCAUUUUAGAAUUGAAAGCUUUUUACCUCACACUCUUGGGGUAUCUUUGGGGAGAACGAAAUAUGGAACUGCACUUGUCUUGAUAUAAUAAACCAAACUAGGGUGAUGUUGCCUAAAAAUCAAGACAUCUAAACACUUUUUGAAAUCUGGACUAGGUUUUUUCCUCGUUCCCAAACUGUAUAAGAACAAAUCUCUGAGGAAAAGAAUGUAUUAAUCUGUAUUCUACAAAUAUAUCUAGUAAGCCAUGGAGCAACCAUUUGGAAAUGAUUUAUUUUGGACAAUAUUAAUAAUGGCCAGCUUUAAAAGGAUACAAUAUUGGCAGGGCUACUUAUUGACCCUGGAGGUCUUAAGGUCAUAACAUGCAUUAUUUCCUUGGGAUGAUCUCUGAAUAUUCAGUUUAACUUUUGUACUUUAGCUCAUGACUCAGAUUAAUUGCUCUUUUCUCUUAUAAAUAUUUUAUUAGAAAUACAUAGUCCAGAGGUGGCAAAUUGCUUCAUUUCUCAAGCAAUUCAGAGUGACUGUAUCUGAAGGCCAUACUUUCCUUUUCUUCAAUCAUGUCAUUGUGCUGUGAAAUACUGAAGUGAAAUAAGAACAACAGCUUUGCCCUUCUUGAGUUUUGCCCUCUCUGUCUUCACCACGAUUCUGACAUUUACCGAUGGAAGAGAUGUAUUUACCUAUUUAUUUCCUCCAAGAUUUUGAACAUUCAGUACUUUCCUGAGCUACUUAGUAACUCAUUUAUAUAGACAAUCAUUUAUCUUCUUUCCUCGCUGGCUUCUGUAUUAGCAUAUUAGCAAGCUUUCCUCCUGCGGCUUUCAGCAAGCGGUUUGUAUUAGCAUGGUAGCUACCUACCUGUUAAAGGUCCUCUUCUCCCCUUUUCAUGCUUGUAUUAGAACCCAGAAUUCAAGAGAAAUAAAGGAUGGAUAUGAGCAGGGGUGGCCUUCAAAGAUUUUAGCAAAGCGUUCUCUGCCUGGUUGCUGGAUGGGUGUGGCCAUGGUCGCCAUGGCGUAGUCGGCCUCCUGCACCACAGGGGGAGUG